AUGGCCCUUCUCUGGGUUGUCCUUGGCUUCUUCCUCUUUGGCAGCAGCUUCGGCUGCGGGGUCCCCACCAUCGACCCUGUGCUGAGCGGCCUGUCCAGGAUCGUCAACGGGGAGGACGCUGUCCCCGGCUCCUGGCCCUGGCAGGUGUCCCUGCAGACUAGCUCCGGCUUCCACUUCUGCGGGGGCUCCCUCAUCAGUGCGGACUGGGUGGUCACCGCCGCCCACUGCGGGGUCAGGAAGAGUCACCUCGUGGUGGCCGGGGUAUCUGAUCACGGCUCCGAGGAGGAGGCUGUUCAGGUGCUGAGAAUCGCUGAGGUCUUUGAACACCCACGGUGGGACCUGCGCACGGUCCAAAACGACAUGGCCCUGCUGAAGCUGGCCACGCCCGUGAGCCUCUCCAGGACCGUGUCCGCCGUGUGCCUGCCCAGCGCCAACGCCAGCUUCCCUGCGGGCUCCCUGUGCACCACCACGGGCUGGGGCAAGACCCGGUACAACGCUCUCAAGACCCCCGACAAGCUGCAGCAGGCGACCCUGCCCAUCCUGUCCAACGCCGACUGCAAGAAGUACUGGGGCAGGAAGAUCACCGACGUGAUGAUCUGUGCGGGCGCCAGCGGCAUCUCCUCCUGCAUGGGUGACUCUGGUGGCCCCCUGGUCUGCCAGAAGGAUGGAGCCUGGACCCUGGUGGGCAUCGUGUCCUGGGGCAGCAGCCGGUGUGGCCCGUUCUCUCCAGGCGUGUACACCCGGGUCACCAAGUUUAUUCCCUGGGUUCUCGAAGUUCUGGAGGCCAACUGAGCCU